AUGAAUCCGACAAAGUUGAACAUUGGCUCCAAAGAUGUAAUCAACACUCUACCGGAAGCUCUUAUUCACCACAUAUUGUCAUUCCUUCCCACAAGAGAAGCUGCUUCAACUUCACUUCUCUCCAGAAAAUGGCGGUAUCUCUUCGCUUUCGUGCCAAACCUUGAUUUUGAUGAUCCGUUACGUAUGCGUGCUGAUAGUUUGUAUAACCAAGAAAAGACUGAGCUUCACAGAACCUUCAUUGACUUCGUGGACAGAGUAUUAGGUUUGCAGGGGAAAUUUCCUGUGAACGGUUUCUCUUUAAGGUGUGGAAAUGGUGUUGAUGACGUUGUUGUCACGCGUUGGAUACUCAAAGCGUUGGAGCUUGGUGUAACGGAUCUUGAUUUACGCAUUGCUCUAGAUUGUUAUGAUCCGUUGUUUCCUCCACAAGUCUUGGCGAGCAAGUCACUGGUUAGGUUAAGAAUAGGAGCUAGAAACGGUACCGCCUAUGGAGUUGGAAGUGGUCUCACCAUUGAUGUGGACAAACAUGUUUCCCUUCCGAAGCUCAAGACUCUCUAUAUCGAUUCCGUUAUGAUAGGAAACCAAACUGAUACUUGUCUCGACAAGCUUCUUUCAGGUUGUCAUGUCCUUGAGGAACUGACCCUGAUUGGUCUGUUGUGGUUUCAUUGGGAGUCUUGCUCUUUGUCCGUUCCAACACUCAAGAGACUAACGCUCUGUGUUGAUGAUCAUCACGAAUGGCCAAAGAGUGUCACGUUUGAUGCGCCUGCUCUUGUUUACUUUGAAUAUUCCGAUACUGUUGCGUUAAAGUAUCCAAAGGUGAAUUUAGACUCUCUUGUUGAAGCCAGUCUCCGUCUUAAAGUGGGAUACGAUAUGGUCGGUGAUGCAACAAAUCUACUUUUGGGAAUAAGCAAUGUUCAGAUCCUUUACUUAUCCGCAAGCACUCUUGAGGUACUCACGUUCUGCUGCAAAGCAAUACCGAUAUUCAACAACCUGACUCGUUUAACUAUUGAGAGUAACACAGAAGUUGGAUGGGAAUCAUUGCCUAAUCUUCUCAACAACUGUCCGAAUCUAAAAACCCUCGUUUUCAAAGGACUCCAACACAAAGCUACAGACAGUUGUGGCAACGUGUGCCGCUGCAAAGCUUGGGAGAAUGUUCCUAAUUGUUUAUCAUCAAGUCCUGUAAAGGCUCUAAAGAUAAAAUUGAAGUUUGGAGGAAAGUUUGAUUCAGAGUUAGAGCAGAUCAAGCACUUCUUGGAGUCAAUGCCGCAUCUUGAAAAGCUCACUAUAUACUACGAUGAUGCAUCAACUGAUGAUAGUCCGGUUAAAGUAUCCGAGGAACUUCACGAGCUUCCUAGUGUAGCUUCACCAAAGUGCAAGAUCCAAGUUAUCUCCAAUACCAUCAGCUUGUCAUUUACUGUACCCUCUUCCUCAUCCAUGAAAUGGAUUGCUCCUCUUCUUUAG